GGAAGUGACCCCGCAGCGCCCGCCCGUGAGACGCAAUAACCCGGAAGUCGAACAGCAAGGACGACCUCUGGAACGCAAAUCUUCACUGUGGGCCGGAAGUGACCAAAGCUUAUCAGGAAGUGGUCUCUUUUUUUUGCCCUUUAAAGGGAGUUUAGUGUGGUAUUUCGGGGAGAUUCGGAGGCAGCUGUACUCUACUCAGUGCAGGCUUCCCAGAACCCAACGCCAUCAGGAUGGAGCCCGACCACAGGCCGGUAUCGGAGGACAUUAUAAGCCUCACCCUGGAGAUCGUCUUCCUUCUGACCGGCGAGGACUAUAAAGUGGUCGGGAAGUCCAGUGAAUUUGCUAAUAAAGGUAUCCUUGGGUCCAAAGGCGUGAAGAGGCCAAUGGUGCCACCAACACCCCGAUCAAUGACGGCGGAUAAGAAGGUUCUGGAGGUCAGCAACAAGAUCAUCCACCUGCUGACCGGAGAGGUGUGGCGGUUCUUGGGACACGUGGCUGUGUGUAAUGAAGUGGUCAAGGAGAAUCUGAAGACCAUCAUCUCGCCUGGUUCCUCAAAAGUCUCCUACAAUAAAACGACUCUGGGCAAAAUCAAGCAGGAGCCGCCCUUGUUUGAGGACAAUGACCUUCCAUGUGCCAACAUUCCCAAACCACCGUGCCACGCAGAGGCAAAUAACCGAUUGAUGGAGAAGAGGAUCGUGUCGCGUCUAAGUGCAUUUGAGCUUAAGGCGGAAUGCGAAAUCAGUGAAGAAGAAGAAGACGUAGCUGAAGGGGGUGUAUACAUGAUGCCGCAAACGACGCGUCUGUAUAAAAAUGUUUUGCCUGAUUUCGGUGAGGAGGAACCUCAUCCAACCUCCGAUGGCUGUAGACCCGAAGGUCCCUCAGAGUUUUCUUCUUAUGCCGAAGAAGAAUCCAUCCCGUAUAAGGAAGAAAACGCUGUGGAUGGGGAUGGGUAUAACAUACCGGACACGGAAGAGGACAGCGGAGAGGAGAGCGGGUCACCUCAGCUGGAGGAAGACCCUUCCAUCACAGUCAUCGAGUACAAUGGGCUGUACGGCUCCACGUAUUCUCCAGCAUCCCUGGGCCAGAGGCAGCCGAGCUCGGAAAUCCAGGAUUGUUUCGCUGUCCACGCCGAUCUGACGAAACGCCAUCAGCACUCCCUCUUGAACUUUGACUGCGGGAGCUGCUCGGCAAAAAACUCCAUGCUGAUCAAAAACGAGAAGCAGCUCUCCUGCCCCGACUGCGGCAAGACCUUCUCCGCCAUCUCCCACCUCAUCCGCCACCAGAGGAUCCACACAGGGGAGAAGCCCUUCGCCUGCGCCGACUGCGGGAGGAGCUUCAACCAGAAGGCCACGCUGAUCAAACACCGGAGGACGCACACGGGGGAGAAACCCUUUGUCUGCUCCGACUGCGGAAAGUGCUUCACCAGCAGCGCCAACCUCACCCAGCACCAGCGGGUCCACACCGGGGAGAAGCCAUACGCCUGUGACGUGUGCGGGAAGACCUUCCGCAGCAGCCCCAACCUCAUCACGCACCAGAGGAUUCACACGGGGGAGAAGCCAUACUUCUGCGCCAUCUGUGGCAAGUUCUUCACCAACAGCUCCGUCCUGGUCCGGCACCAGAAGACGCACACCGGGGAGAAGCCAUACUCCUGCAACGUGUGCGGGAAGGGAUUCAUCCAGGGCUGUCAGCUCAACAAACACAGAAGGUGGCUACAUGCUUGUUCCGGCCCCAGACAGCCAGGGGAGGCGGCAUUUUCAGAAGGAGGUCAGCGAUGGUCGUUCUCUUGUCUCAUCUGUUAUGUGUGUUUUAUACAGGUCACUGCUGGAGCCCCACCCCCUGCGCCGAGGAUGGACGCUGAGCGAAAUCCGGUGACGGAGGACAUUAUCAGCCUCACCCUGGAGAUCGUCCACCUGCUGACUGGAGAGGAUUAUGGAGUGGUGAGGAAGUCUGCCGAGAGUCCUGUCACCUCCAGAAGCCCCCAGAGCAUCCAACCGGCGUUCUUCUCACUGACACGGGACUUGAAGAAUGACAAAAAGAUCCUCGAGGUCUCACACAAGAUCAUCCACCUGCUGACAGGAGAGGUUUGGAAGUUUCUGGGUCACGCGGCUCUGUACAAUGACCCGACGACGGAGAGCCACCAGACCAUCACUACGCUAGAUCCCUCCAAGUUUUGCCAAUCUGAAACAUCAAAGGACGGAAUUAAGGACGAAGUUGCGUCGGGUCACAGGGGGGACCCCCCAGAAAAUGGCGUUCUGAUACUGGAAGGAAAUAAAGAUGACGUUAUCGGGGAGGAGGCCAUGCCUUGCGAAGGAGGGGCGUUUACCAGCGACGACGUUCCUGCAAGCUUGGAAUACGCUAAAGACACUUCUGAUGAUAAGGAGUUGGUGACAUCACACGAUGAGCAGAAUACUCUCCCUAGUGAUGGUUAUACACCACCAGAUCGCGAGCAACAUGCGUUUAACCACGUUAAGGACGAACCAAUUGGUGGAGGAGAAACUCUUCUUCCACGUGCCGAGAGUACACCGGGUUCAGCUUCACAUGUGAAGGAGGAACGGUCCACCGAGGAGCUACAUCUCCCAGACGUAGACAUCUAUAGACAAGCAGGCGUGCAAUACGCAGACCACAUCAAGGCAGAAACCCCCGUCUAUGAAGAAGGCGGGGCCACCGAUGGCGACCUCUACGCACAGACGGAUUAUACGGUUCCCGAAACGGAUGCCGACAGCGGCCCUGAGAUCGAUACAGGGCAAAGGCUAGAAGCUCCCCUUGGAGCAAUUCCUCAGUACAACGGAAUGAUUUACCAUCAGCCGUUUCCCCCUCAGAUAACGGUCACCGUCGACAGGACGCACCAGUGCUCCCAGUGCCAGAAGCUGUUCACCAGGAACUCGGACCUGUCUAAGCAUCAGAGGGUCCACCAACGAUCGCAGCCCAUUAUAUGCACCGAGUGCGGGAAGAGCUUCACCAAGAAGUCGAUGUACGAGCGGCACCAAAGAGUUCACACGGGCGAAAAACCGUUCACGUGCGGCGACUGCGGGAAAUGCUUCGCCGUCAGCACCCACCUCACCACCCAUCAGAGGAUCCACACCGGAGAGAAGCCCUUCGUGUGCGCUGACUGCGGGAAAAGCUUCAACCAGAAGGCCUCGCUUAUAAAACACCGGCGGACGCACACCGGCGAGAAGCCUUUUGUCUGUUCUGUGUGUGGGAAGUGUUUUACGAGUAGCGCCAACCUCACCCUACACCAACGGAUUCACACCGGGGAGAAACCCUAUUCCUGCUCGGUGUGCGGGAAGAGUUUUCGGAGCAGCCCAAACCUCAUAUCCCACCAGAGGAUCCACACGGGCGAAAAGCCAUACUCGUGCACCGUAUGCAACAAAUUCUUCACCAACAGCUCCGUCCUGGUCCGGCACCAGAGGACCCACACGGGGGAGAAGCCAUAUUUGUGUUCAGAGUGCGGGAAAGGCUUCACCCGCAACUCGCUGCUCAUAAAACACCAGAUGAUCCACCGAGGGCAGAGGCCGUAUGCUUGUACUUAGUAGCCUAAGGGCUUUUUUUUUUACAAUUUUGGAUUCAUCUAAAUUCUCAAUGUGUAGCACAGGGCUAAAGAAGUAUCUCAGGAGCCAAGGCGCCAAACUUUUUAGGAGCCUUUUCCCUUAGUUUCCGCAAAGUGCAAUUUCUUCUUCACCCAAAUAAGACCUUCCCCAUACAGGACCAGAGUUUCUUGAUGCCGGGGGCUCAAUAAGAUUCUACCCGACAGCUGUCGUCGGUUUGGCUGUGCAUCGGGAUUUACCACCUCUGCGUAGAAGGCCAUCGUCUCCAAGUGGCUUCGAAAAAGUUAAGUUGCCAAGACCGGCGGCAGUAGCAUGUCAAGAAACUAAAUCAUUUAGCAUGUCGGAAGGGACGAUGUAAAGUUCCCUGAUUCAGUAUUUCAGUAUAAUAAAGUAUAUUUGAAGAAUGUG